AUGUCGGCCCUCGACGGCUUCCGUGACCAACUCGUUCAGGUCGUCCUCUUCGACGGGCGCGUUAUUGUCGGCAAGCUCAAGGGCAACGACAACCACAGCAACAUCAUCCUCUCGGACAGUGUUGAGCGCGAGUAUGCACCGGACCGUGGCGUCGAGAUGGUCCCCCUCGGCCUCUACAUGAUCAAGGGAGAUAACAUCGUGUUCGUCGGCGAAGUAGACGAAGACAAGGAUAGCAGCCUCGAUUACUCGGAGAUCAAGGCUGAGCCGUUGCGCGAGGUGCAAUUUUAG